AUGGCCGAAGACCCCUCUACCCUUGCACAGAUCGAGCAGCAUGAAGUGGAAGAUCCAGCUAUAUCCAGGCCCACCUCGAACCGGUCAUUUGCGGACCUCAUGCAAGAAUGCGCCAGUACUUUACUCAAGUCAAACUGUAUAACUACCAUGAAGCAACGAGAUUUGCUAAGUUCCUUGGCCAAUGAUACGGUGACCACCGGAUGCAGAGGAUCAAUCUUAGCUGUCGUGACUCUCUGCACAGAGCAGAGAAUUGGAAAAAGAGUGGAGAAUAUGUCUUGGCCAUGCGAACACUUAAGCAGAUUAUAUCCUGACCCUGACAAGUCAGUCUCGUACGAGAUCUCGUCUGCCCUCGAAAACAAGAACGUCUCUGCGCUGCACAAGGUCCUCCGCGAAAUCUCGCUAGGAGGUACUUACGUCGACAGCUUAGAUACGUCCGAGAUAAGGAAUCUUGCGAAGAGCUUGGAAGAACUGGCUGACAAGGUUGAUACCGCUCAACAAUUAGCUCGUUCUGAAAAUUUUGUAAUAUCCGAAGCUGAGAACUGA